AUGCUCCCGAUGAUGACUCAUGAUGACCUCUUCAACAUCAAUGCCAACAUUGUGAAGAAAUUGGUUGAGAGAAAAUCCUUAAUCAACCUCACUGAUGAAGAAGUUGAAAAUCUGAUCGUGAAGAUUCAAAAUGUUGGAGCUGAGGUUGUAGAGGAGAAUGAUGGUGCUGGGUCUGCUACAUUGUUCAUGGGGUAUGCAACAGUUAGAUUCAUCGAGUCAUCUUUGUGGGCACUGGAUGGAGAUGGAUAUGGAGAUGUCUAUGAAUGCUCUUAUGUGGAGUUUGAUCUGAUUGAGCUUACAUUCUUUGCAUAA